CUCCCACGCGCCCUACACCGUUAUCCCAGUGCCACAAUUCAUUACCGUUGGCCACAGUCGUCCUCCUCCUCAGCAGCAGAAGAAGAAGCAGCACUGAACUCAAGAUUCUCCACACCAACUCUCUCCUCAGAUCCUUCUUCCGCUACUGAACGCCUCCACUGGCCCACACCCAUCCACGAUAUCCUUGCCGCAUACGACCACCUCGUCCGCGUCCUCCUCGCUCCGCCACCGGCCAACGACAGCAGCAGCAGCAGCAGCAACAACAACAACAACGCCCGCCACCUGCGACACCGCGACGUGUACGUCUACGGCAGCUAUCUAGGCGCAGGUCUCGGCGCCGCCCUGGCCCUGACCGAAUCACACACCCUUGAGCCCGUGGCGGUGCGCGGCCUAGUGGCCGUCAACGGCGUCUACAACUGGACCACUUUCCUGCCGGCCCACCCGCUCAACGACCACCGGGCAUUAGUGGCAGACGAGCUGGGCUGCGGGUCCGAGGGGCUGGGCAGUCACAACGACGAGGAUGACGACGUCUGUAACGUGGGGCUCAUGAAGGGGCUCAUGCCCUUCCUCUUCAGACGCCCCGUGGACCUCUUCGACCCGUUCGCCAGCCCGGUCCUGUUCUUCCACACACCCGGCAUGAUGGUGCCACCUGGGUUCUCGGAGCGGUGGAAGGACCCUCCCCCGCCGACGCCCUUCAACCUCGAGUCCGACGCAGAAAGCGACUACGCAGGCUACGACGCCCUUCUUCACAGCGAUAACAGCCACCUCAUCGAACAAGCAACGGCGCCCGCCCCCAGGAAGGGCUACCUCACCUUUCCCCCGCGCGCAAGCACCCUCAAGAUCCCAGACACGCUGCUCCUGCACACCACCUCCCCGCCCCUGCCCCCGCUCCCCAGCACCGUCGCCGCCGCCCUGUGGAAGAGGCUCAGGGACACCGAGAACAGCUUCGCGUCGCAGGCAGCCGGGCUCGCGGGGCUGAUGCGGCGGAGCGUGGAGAAGGUUGAGUUGCGGGGGAGGAGGCGGUGGGAUGAGGAGGGUGCUGACUGGGAAGGGGAGGCUGGGAGGCGGGUCGGCACGGGGGCGAUUGGGCGGGGCGGAGGGCCGGACGAUAUGGGGCGGAGGGCCGAGGAGAUGGCUAUGCAGUGGCUAGAGGAGCGGUUG